AUGCUAAUCGUCUUCUCGUCAAUUUUCCUCAUCUUUCUAGAAUCCGCCAAUUUCAAAGCUGUCAAAGGCCUGCGAGUCCUACGGGCAGCCAAGCCGCUUAGAGCCGUCACGCGGAGCGAGGGCAUGCGACUCAUUCUGAAGGCCAUGACAAUGUCCAUCGCUGCCAUGUGGAACGUCUCCCUGGUCAUCAUGCUCUUCUUCACGCUCUUCGCCAUCCUUGGUGUGCAACUCUACUCGGGGAGAUUUUACAGGUGGACAUACUCGACAGUGAUUUCAAAAGAGAUUUCCACUUGCAGUCGGCAAUUGUGCAGCAUCUUGAAAUUUCAAGCUGCGCUGUCAUGGCUGCAGCUGCUUAUGUGCCAUUGCCAGCAUUUGCACGACAGCGGGUUUGAUGUGCACCCGCGCGUGCUAUUUCUGAGUCAUGAAUUCAACCGCCAGUUGGUAAAUAAGAUGCUGGGGCUGACCUCGCAAAUCUCCGAGAUUACAUCCUAA